UCUUUAAGUGGCAGUCUCCCGAGGGGGCGGGGGGAAAACGCGGACCGGAAGUGACGCGCGAGUUCCGGUGAGCCGGAGCCCAGUGGCUGGUGUGAGAGUCGGUCGGGAGACGCUUCCAGGAUCUGGAGAUCCAGAGAAGCCGGAGUCAGAGCGGCUCCUCAAGCAUUAUUGGUUUAUGAAAUGGCAGAGAAUGGAAAAACUUCUCUGAAACGUGUAGCAAUGAACAAGGAGCAAUAUAAUGGAAAUUUCACAGAUUCCUCUUCUAUGAAUGAAAAGAAGAGGAGGGAUCGAGAAGAAAGACAGAAUAUUGUCCUGUGGAAACAGCCACUCAUUACCUUGCAGUAUUUUUCUCUGGAAACCCUAGUAGUCUUGAAGGAGUGGACCUCAAAAUUAUGGCAUCGUCAAAGCAUUGUGGUGUCUUUUUUACUGCUGCUUGCUGCACUUAUAGCUACGUAUUAUGUUGAAGGAGCUCAUCAGCAGUAUGUGAAACGUAUAGAGAAACAGUUUCUUUUAUAUGCCUACUGGAUAGGCUUAGGAAUUUUGUCUUCUGUUGGGCUUGGAACAGGACUGCACACCUUUCUGCUUUAUCUGGGUCCACAUAUAGCUUCAGUUACGUUAGCUGCUUAUGAAUGCAAUUCAGUUAAUUUUCCUGAACCACCCUAUCCUGAUCAGAUUAUUUGUCCAGAUGAAGAGGGCACUGAAGGAGCCGUUUCUUUGUGGAGUAUCAUCUCAAAAGUUAGAAUUGAGGCCUGCAUGUGGGGUGUCGGCACAGCCAUUGGAGAGUUGCCUCCAUAUUUCAUGGCUCGGGCAGCUCGUCUCUCGGGUGCAGAACCCGAUGAUGAAGAGUAUCAGGAAUUCGAAGAGAUGCUGGAAAAUGCAGAGACUGCACAAGACUUUCCCACCCGGGCUAAACUGGCUGUUCAAAACCUUGUACAGAAGGUUGGAUUUUUUGGAAUUUUGGCCUGUGCAUCAAUUCCAAAUCCUCUCUUUGAUCUGGCUGGAAUAACAUGUGGACACUUUCUUGUACCGUUUUGGACCUUCUUUGGUGCAACGCUCAUUGGAAAAGCAAUAAUUAAAAUGCACAUACAGAAAAUCUUCGUCAUAAUAACAUUCAGCAAACACAUCGUGGAGCAGAUGGUGGCGUUCAUUGGUGCUGUCCCGGGCAUUGGCCCAUCUCUGCAGAAGCCAUUCCAGGAGUACCUGGAGGCGCAGCGGCAGAAGCUUCACCACAGAAAUGAAAUGGGCACCUCACAGGGAGAAAACUGGUUGUCCUGGAUGUUUGAGAAGUUGGUGGUCGUAAUGGUGUGUUACUUCAUCUUGUCCAUCAUUAAUUCCAUGGCGCAAAGUUAUGCCAAACGAAUUCAACAGCAGGUGAACUCUGAGGAGAAAACCAAAUAAGCAGGAAAGGUUUUCACAACAGAAUUAGAUUGGAUGGGUUCUGCCUGAGAUUGGGAAGACCCCACACCAGGACGGAAAAUUUCCUUUUCCAACCUGUAUAAAAAUUGUUCUUUUAAUGUUCCAAAAGCAAUUUAGUCCAUAUUUUGCACUCACAUGUUUUUCCUCUCUGUGUUAAGUAAGGUAAGAUCCACCCUUAAUUCAACCUGAAUUCUAUUUUUAUUAGGGUGGAUUGUGAUGUUCAGCACCAAAUUUAACAGAAACUGGCCUUCUAUUUGUCACUUUGAAAAGAUCCACAUGGUACAAUUAAAGAAUUCCAGACACUCCCGCUGAAAAAAAAAGUUCCUACGUAUAUUAACUAUGUCAAGCUUUUUAGGCUUGUCACAAAUGACUGCUUUGUUUUUCUAAGUCAGUAAAUUGUAUAUAAAUUAUACUAGAUUGGGUUAACAGUCUUGCAUGUCUAUCAUGGUAAAAUUUAAUAUAUCACCCUGCCCAACCUUUCCUCUCCCACCUACAACAAAAAAGGGCCAUUUUAAGAUGCAUUGCACACCCUCCUGGGAAACUGGUCUUUAAAUUUUAAAACAGUAUAAAGAAAAUCUAAUUGGUGUCUCUCGAAUGAGCUGACACCAUUUUUUAUUCUGUAUAUUUAGAAUGAAGUCAUGGAAAAACUUUAUAAAGACAUCUUUGAUCAUUCCAGAAUUGUGUCCGUUUUCUUGAGCGUUUUGAUUUUCACUUCCUUUCAGCUUCUAGUAACUGAUUUGUAGCAUUGCCAAGUCUACAUACAGUCAUAACUUGUGAAGCCUUUACAUGGAUGAAGGAGAAUUUUGGGGUGAGGGGAUUGUAAUUCUGGAGUUGGGCAACUAGCUACACACUGCUGAAGAUUUGGGAUUGAAGAUUUGGUAUUGAGAUAACAAGGGUAUUUCUUGAUUUGUGAAAACAGAAAAGAGGGUGGUGCACAAUGACACUGUAGAAAGACUUACUAUUUUCUAAUCAUACUUUCUCAUAUAUGUUCAUUUUAACUCAGUAUGUACUCUGGUUUUAACUGACAAUUUUACUUUUUUGUGUAACCUGAUUUUUCACUUUUAUUUAGUGUUUUUGUUCUUGUGUGAUUUUUUUGCCUUUGGGAUGUUUCUGGUUGAGUUUUUCUUUAGCUUACAGUGAAAAUAAAGGUUCAUGUUUUUCCUUUAGGAAAAUGGGUCCUGACCGUAUGUUGAGUAUAGAAUUGGGUUUGAAUCUCAACCAGAAAUGCCUGAUUUGUUUUACCAAAUCCUGCUUGAAUGUCUGCUUAUUUUGCCUCUCAUCGUGACAUCUCCAUGGCUGUACCAUCUUGUCAGGUAGCUUAUCAGAUUGAUGUUGACUGUUGAAUCUCAUGGCAACAGCAGUCGAUGGGCUGUCUGACAUUUUGGUAUCUUUCAUCUGACCAUCCAUUUCCAAUGUUCCCAUUUAAACAUUACCCAGCAUCCUGGUUUACAAUUUUAAAACUCUAGUUCUUAUGUCCAGUGACUCCUUGGUGCCACUCUUUCAUGCCAUGAUGUUGCAGCAGUAUUGAACUGAGUAGAUUUUGUGAAAAUAUGUGAUAGUCUCUAUGACCACCACUGAAUAAAGGGCAAGUAAUUGUGUCA